UUUCUUAAACACUCUUUUGACGCUGUACUAUCUAUCCGUAACCUUUCAAACGUUCAAACAUUCAAUUUUUCUAUGUGAACGUUUCUCAUUCAAAUUUCUUUUUCGUUCUUUCUUUCUGUGUCAUCUGCUGUGCUCCUUGCUUGUAAAUUUGAAUGCCGAGUCACAUGGGAGAACCCCUCAAAGCCGUCACCAUCUCUCUCUUUCUUUCUUUCUUUCUAGCAUAUAUAAGCAGAUAUAUCAUUCCCUCUCCAAUCCUUACAAAUCAACCCCGUCUCUUUUUCUUUUCUGAAAUUCAAUCGCUAGCUGCUUUUCUUUCUUGUACAUGAUGGUUUUUGGCUAUUGGAGAAGAAAACGUAACUCUUCCAAUGAUGCUUGCAAGAAGAAGAAGCUACCCACUUCCAAGAUGGAGGAGCUGCUCAUUCCCAACCAUUUUCUUUGCCCCAUUUCUCUUGAUCUUAUGAAAGAUCCUGUCACUUUGUCUUCUGGUUUCACUUAUGAUCGAUCAAACAUUGAGGCCUGGCUUCAGGCAGGGAAUUUCACUUGCCCUGUUACUAAUCAGAUACUCACUAGUUUUGAUCUCAUCCCCAAUCAUAAUAUCAGGAAAAUGAUUCAAGAUUGGUGCGUCGAGAAUCGCAACUUUGGUAUCCAACGUAUCCCAACACCUAAAGUUCCUGUCUCCCCUACUCAGGUGUCUGAAGUUCUUUCAAAUCUUGCUGCUUCAACUAGGAGUUUGGAUCUAUACGAAUGCCUGGAUUUGGCGCAUAAAAUCAAGAAAUGGGGCAAUGAGAGUGAGCGUAAUAGGCGUUGCAUUGUGGAUAAUGGAGCAACCGCAGUGUUAGCUUCAACAUUUGAUGCAUUUGCUACAAAUUCUUUCGAAAGAAAUGCUAAUGUUUUGGAGGAAAUAUUGUCUAUCCUGAAUUGGAUGUUUCCAUUCGAUGUGGAAUCGCAAAUACAUUUAGGCUCGCACAAUUCUUUACGUUGCAUGUUGUGGUUCUUGGAAUGCAGAGAUCUUUCAUCCAAGCAGAACUCCAUUACUGCGUUGAUAGAGCUUCUUUCUUCAGAUCAAAAGCAUGCAGAAGCACUGGCAACCAUUGAAGGCGUCAAUGAAAUUCUAUUUAGGUUCAUUAAAGACCCAAUUUGCCCUAAAAUCACCAAAGCUUCUUUAAUGGUUAUAUUUUAUCUACUUUCACAUCCUUCUUCAAGUGAGAAUAUCAAAUCAGCAUUGGUGGAGAUGGGUAUGGUUUCUUUACUGAUAGAAAUCAUUAUCGACUCAGAAAACAGCACAUGUGAGAGAGCUUUAGGUGUUUUUGAUAAGCUUUGUGAUUGUGAAGAAGGGAGAGAAGAGGCAUACAGUAAUGCCCUAACAUGGCCAGUGCUGGUGAAGAAAAUCCUGAGGGCAUCAGAAGCGGCAACAGACUAUUCGGUUUCAUCCAUUUGGAAGCUUAACAAAUAUGGAAGAAAAGAGAGAGUUUUGGUUGAGGUUCUUCAAGUUGGUGCUUUUCAAAAACUAGUGUUAUUGUUGCAGCUUGGCUGCGUUGAUGAGACGAAGGAGAAAGCAACUGAGCUUUUGAAACAAAUGAAUCCUUAUAGGAAUGGCUUGGAAUGCACUGAGUCCGUUGAUUUCAAGAACCUUAAACGAUCAUUUUGAAGAGCUUCAAAGAUUUUGCAAUUUUUUAAUAUUUACUUUUCUCCUUGUAAUUAAGGAUUCUUGAGAAAUUAUUCUAUGUA